AUGGGGGCAACCCCUUUCCAUCAUUCUAUCCUCGAGGUCCGGCUACCAAAGCACUUCGAUAAGCCAACAGACAUGAGGUACGAUGGGACCCAAGACCCCCAAGAGCAUCUAACAGCCUUCGAGGCCAGGAUGAACUUGGAAGGGGUGGGCGAUGAAGUGAGAUGUCGCGCCUUCCCCUUCACCCUAGCGGGACCGGUAAUACGUUGGUUCAAUGCCCUCCCCCAAGGCUCCGUGACGACCUUUGCGAAUAUCACCCUCGCCUUCCUAGCUCAGUUUACCACACGUAUUGCUAAAGCGAAGCACCCAAUCAACUUACUCGGAAUGACACAAAGAAGCGGCGAACCGACCAGGAAGUACCUGGAUAGGUUCAGUGACGAGUGCUUGGAGAUUGAUGGCCUAACUGACUCGGUGUCCAGCUUGUGCUUGACGAACGGGUUGCUAAACGAGGAUUUUAGAAAACGCCUUACCACCAAGCCCGUGUGGACAAUGCAAGAAAUCUAA